UUGUAUUUUAGUGGCUGUGUACAGGUCCAGACAGUCAGUGCCUUUGUGUUGUUGUAUCAGCUCAAAGCCCACACAUCUCUCACAUACUGCGUUUGAAUUCUCGGACAGGAGCUGCUUUCUCUCCAAUCAUGGUGCUGGAUAAGGGGGAAAACUACACCAACCUGCAGGAUUUCACUGAGGAGGCCAAGGCCAGGGGGCAGCAGGAGUCUGCAAUGGGGAGCUCUGAAGCACUCAGCGAGCCAGUUCUGCCCUAUCUGAAGUCUUCCCGGGCAGGCUGUUCCAGAUACACUAUCCUGCUGCUCACAAUCCUGGGCUGCCUGUCGCUGGCCAUCAACAUCGCACUGGGAGUGAUCUUGUACAGGAACGCUGGUCAGAGCUGUAAGUCUGUGCGGCUGGGUAAUGCCAACACUGAGCUGACAAAAUUCUCGGAUUGCACCAGCGAAAAGAGUCAGCCGCAGCAGAAUUACUCCGACCUCCUGGGGCACUACAGCAAACUGUGCACACUCUACACAUCUUUGAACUCACAGUGUCCGGGGUUAGAGGAAGCAGGUAAGGUGUGCCUCCCCUGCCCUGAGAAGUGGAUCCAGCACCAGAAGACAUGCUUCUUUUUCUCAUCGGACCGUCUGGACUGGGAGGAGAGCAGGGAGAACUGCACAGCGCUGGGGGGUCAGCUGGCUGUGCUGCACACACAGGAGGAGCAUGAUUUCCUGGAGAAGGCAGCGAAAGAGAUCACAGGGACCUGGGACUUUCACUACUGGAUUGGACUGAGUGACAAGGAAGAGGAGGGAGACUGGAGAUGGGUCGAUGGAACUGCAAUCAACAAAACGUAUUGGAACACUGACCUGAACGAGCCCAAUAACCAUGCUGAGGGCUCUCUGGAGGGGGAGGACUGUGCGGUGCUCAACUCCAACUCGCGCUCCUGGUUCGACGUGCCGUGUGGAUACCGGUACAAGUGGAUCUGCCAAUCCCGCGCUGUCACCAUCCACCUGUGACCUACAGCACCGACACAAACUAACUGACAGGGACCCUGCAAACCAUCUGCACUGUCCUGGAGUUCAGCAUCUCACCUGGAGAGAGAACCAGGGCAUCUUUAAAAUCCACUUUCUUACCUCUCAUUAGCACCAGCAAUAUGAGCACUGCUCCCUCUUUCAAGGAGCACUAACCAAAGUAUUUCUUAGCUGUUACUGGCUAUAUUCCCAAAGACCCAUGAGGUUUUUUUUUAAAGAAUGUAUUUUUAAAAUCUUUUAUUAUGUAAAACAAAAUUCAUAUUUUUUAUUUGUUUUUAUUUCUGAAAUUGUUCUGGGCUACUGAUGGCUUUGUUAUCAACAGCAAAUAACCGUUUCCUAACCUUGAUUUUAUUCACCACAGUUUUCAUUGUCUUUUCUCGUGCAUCAUGCCUGCAUGGCCAUCCUAUUUUGGUGUAUUUUCUGUCUCUUUGUAAAAGCUGUUCUCUCAGUACAGUACGAAGGUCACUCUUGAAAUCAGGACUUAAAGGAUGUGUUGCAGUAAGAAUACCUCUGUUAAGAAAGGGGAACACGGCUAAAAGGCUAAAAUAUGCACAAGAACACAGAAAUUGGACUAUGGAGCAAUGGUCAAAAGUGCUUUGGACUGUUGAUGGAUGGACAACAACACCUGUGCCUUCUACCAGUUCUGUUGUCAAUUCAACGCUUGUCUUCUUUCUAUUCCUUAAGGAUAUUAUCUUCAAGUAUUGCUCAUCCUUGUUAGACAGCUUUUCAGGUCUUCCAGUCCUGGCUUUGUCAAUUACAGAUGAUGUUUCUCUGUACUUGUUGAUUAUGCUUCAGAUAUUCAAUAUUCUCCAUUGAGGAUUUGACACAAACAGAAGCAAUCUUCUUUUUCAAGUCUGAAUUUUCAUCUUGGACCCUGCUGUAGUUUCUCUGCAGUUGUGAAUGAGAUUCAGAGAGCCUGCUGUAGUUUCUCUGCAGUUCAGAGAGCGUGUCAUUGAGCCUGCUAUAGCCACCAAGCAGCCCUGAAUGACUUUCACUGAGCCUGCUACUCUCACCUAGCAGCCCUGAAUGACUUUCACUGAGCCUGAAAUCUGAGGGGAAAGAAGUAAAGAGAUUGAUGAGAAACAGAUCUGAUUCAUCAGUGAAGACUCUAAUAAUAGCAUCACAGGAAACCAGUAUUCAAUUUCAUCUUCUGCCAGUUUUCAAAGCUACAGGGCUAUAUAAUAGUUUUUAAACAAAGCUUAUCGAAAUAUAUUCAGUAGUAAACAUUAUUAUGUUUACAUGGAAUUGAUCUAAAAUAAAUAACACACGUUUUACUGUACUCCGCUUUCUUUAUUGGGGAAAUCAACAGAUUAAAAAACGCUGCUGCUUCCUGGUACCUGAUCACUUCCUGUUGUGCUGUUGUUCAGAAUCAAUCCAAUGGCUGAGCUGCAAUCAGACCAUGUGACCUACAGCACAGGUACCAGGAUGCAGCAGUUUAUAUACGAAUUCUAUCUGCAAUUUAUAAGUAGAACCUUGGUGUAUUUUGGGGGGCUGGAGCCAGGACUCCUCCCCUGUGUCACCCCGCUAAAAUAUCUGUCAGUCAACCUUUAAUUACCUGCCAGUCACCCUAUUUAAACCGUAGCCUGCUUCCCGAUUCUCGUCUUGCUUUUCAGUUUGCUGUUAACACGCAGACUUGCAAACCCAAUCUUAAAACACACCUUUCAUUUUCAUCUGACUCAGAUGAAGAAUUUCUCUCUCCUUCUGGCUAUCUUCCUUCAACAAUCCACCAGAAAAACUUUCAAAGAAAUCCUCCCGUCCCGCUUCUCCUCCAUCUGACAAUGCUGCUGCUUCAACCUCUGCUUAUACAGCUGUGCCCGCUGCCAUUCCUCUUCGUCGCUCUAAACGCUUUAGACCUCAGGGUGAUUCUCCAGCGCAAUUUUUUUACAAAGACUGGCCCAUCGCUGGCCCACCGACAAACUUGUGAAAGCUCUUUUCAAAAAAGCAUUGCCCCUUGACGCAUGGAGCGAUUGGUCUGAGUCUCAGCAGAGAUCCAAACUAAUCAGUUCACGCGCUGCCCCUGCUGCAUUGUAAGCUUCACUCACCUCCGAUUCAGCGACCUUCAGUUUUCAAUUUCAUCUGAUCUUUUCUUUGAUUUGCAUCAUCAGAUUUUUAACGAUAUCAAGCAACUCAUUCAUCCUCUUUCCAUCACAAUUUCUACAGUAUCUGAUCGCCUGGAUGCACUAGAUAGCAGGAUCACUCGCUUGGAACCAGAAGCCAUUACUUCCUCAUCAUCACAAUGGCAACAGCAACAGUUUUCUCUCUGCCACUGCUUCAGUCACGCCCACACCUACUCCCGAGUUGCCAAUUUUCACUCUAGCGACCGCUUCUGGUUUAGGAACCUCCUCUGCUUCAGUUGUGCAUCGGCAUUCUCUCUCUCCUCAACUGAGAUGCAAUAUUAAUGAAGUUAAAGACGUUAAUUUGGUCUCUAUUCUUAUUGCUAAGGGUCUACUUAAAUCGCGAUAAAUUUACGUAUUUUUCACGGGUAUGUUGCGGAAUAAAAUGAGGAUUUCGCGGACCUGUUUAAUUAUAUAUAUAUAUAUAUAUAUAUAUAUAUAUAUAUAUAUAUAGUGAAAGACUUCACCUUCUCGGGUUCGUUGCCCCUUUAAAAAUUGACCCAGACACAGAAAUAGGCGGUUCAGCGCUUCCGCGCACUUUUAAUAAAACAAACAAAAACACAAAACAAACACCUAGCUCUUAUCGAGCACUAACUACACACGCAGGAACCUAACUAACGCAGGACGGCUAAGCCGUUUCCCUGCCCCACAAAACAGUUUAGUAACACACUUACUUUUCAACUUUCUCGCUCUCUCUGACUGCUGGGAAGCAGAGCACCUCGUCUGCCUCCUUCUCCUCAGCAGCCCUGAGCAGACUGACUGCUCUCCUUUUAAACUGCCCCAUAACGCUCAGGUGCGGAUAAUCAUUACUAAUAAAACAAUUACACAACAAGUGCAUUCUCACAUGUUUUCUCUCUUGCAGGGAGGUUUUAACCCCCUCCCUGCUGUCUCACUCCACCUGCUUCCUCACAAUAUAUAUAUAUAUAUAUAUAUAUAUAUAUAUAUAUAUAUAUAUAUAUAUAUAUAUAUAUAUAUAUAUAAACUCUCUCCCAUUGUAACUGCCAUCAACAUUGCUGUGUUUUAUAUUAUAAUAAAGUGUGGAUCUCUUUAAA